GAGUUCAUCCUAAUCUAUAAUACUCUCGAAAUUCCGACACGUAGUGGUCAAGACACAAAAGUCAAAGACAAAGACCAUGCUUAAUGGGAGUAAGAAAGAGAGUGUAGGUGAGGUUGCGUAACAGAGAAUAAAAACCCACUCAUCUUCUUCCUACUCUGCUCUCAGUAUAAAUAUACGUCACACAUUUCUGCAACUGAGCUUAAUUUCAUUUCUCUUUCUUUCUCUGAUAUUUUUCUUGGUUUGAGCUUCGAAAAUGGAGAUAUUUUACUACCUGGUUUUCGGAUUCUUUGGCCUUGUUGUGGCCGCAAUGGAGUUGAGCAAGAACAACAAAGAUCGAAUCACUACAUCACCGGCUUUCAAUUCCUUCAAGAACAAUUAUCUUCUCGUAUACUCGCUCAUGAUGGCGGGAGAUUGGUUGCAAGGUCCUUAUGUUUACUACCUUUACAGUACGUAUGGAUUUGGUAAAGGUGAGAUUGGACAGCUCUUUAUUGCUGGUUUUGGCUCCUCUAUGCUGUUCGGAACAAUUGUUGGUUCUCUAGCUGACAAACAGGGUCGUAAGAGAGCAUGUGUGACUUACUGUAUUACUUACAUACUGAGCUGUAUUACCAAGCAUUCUCCUCAGUACAGAGUUUUGAUGGUUGGCCGUGUUUUGGGAGGUAUUGCCACUUCUCUGCUGUUUUCCUCAUUUGAGUCCUGGCUCGUUGCAGAACACAACAAGAGAGGAUUUGAACAACAAUGGUUGUCAAUAACAUUCUCAAAGGCAAUAUUUCUUGGCAAUGGCCUUGUUGCUAUUGUGGCUGGUUUGCUUGGGAAUCUACUUGUUGACUCAUUAUCUCUUGGACCUGUUGCACCGUUUGAUGCUGCUUCGUGCUUUCUUGCUAUCGGUAUGGCGGUUAUAUUAUCUUCUUGGUCAGAGAACUAUGGGGAUCCUUCUGAGAGCAAGGACUUGCUUACCCAAUUCAGGGGUGCUGCUGUGGCCAUUGCUUCUGAUGAAAAAAUUGCAUUGCUCGGGGCAAUUCAGUCUCUGUUUGAGGGUUCAAUGUAUACAUUUGUGUUUCUCUGGACUCCCGCUCUAAGCCCGAACGAUGAGGACAUUCCUCACGGAUUCAUCUUUGCAACUUUCAUGUUGGCUUCCAUGUUGGGAAGCUCCCUUGCUUCUAGGUUGAUGGCUCGCCAAUCUCUCAGGGUCGAGAGCUACAUGCAGAUUGUUUUUGCCGUUGCUUCAGCAUCACUUAUGCUCCCCAUUUUGAUCAGUUUCUUUGUACCUCCUUCCACGGAGAGAGGAGGAGGCAUCUCAUUUGGAGGAUGCAUCCUGCUUCUUGGCUUCACUACCUUCGAAGCUUGCUGUGGAAUUUUCUGGCCAUCUAUUAUGAAGAUGAGGUCCCAAUACAUUCCCGAGGAGGCUAGAAGCACCAUCAUGAACUUCUUCAGAAUCCCUCUCAAUAUCUUCGUCUGCAUUGUACUAUACAACGUGAGUGCAUUCCCAAUCACAUUUAUGUUCGGCAUGUGCUCAAUUUUCCUUUUAGUAGCAUGCUUCUUGCAGAGGAGGCUCUUCUUGAUCGCCGAAAAGCCAAAAACUGAAGAUUGGGAAGCAAUGAAGGAAAGGGACACCGAAUCAGAUCCAUUAAACAUCUAAUUGAGAGAUUAGAAAAGACAGACCACCGGAUUCAUUUUCAAGACGAUGGCGUAAUGGCGGUAACGGCCGCUAGCCAUCUACCUAAUUCAAUUCAAAAAUGUUAUACUGUGAAUUGCAGUUGGUGUUAGUUGAAAGGUAUAUUCAAUUUGAUAGUGAAGAAGACAAAAAGGAGUUAUAUUCAAAUAGUGGUCUGCCCAACGAAAAGGAAAAUGGAAGUAUGAGUUAGGAAGAAGAAGUAUUUUGUAAUUGUUUUAAUUUUUGGCUGUGAAUUAGUGGUGUAGUGCAUUAAUUUGCAAUUUUCAGGAUUUACUGUUGAGAAAGAAAAUUGAAAUUUCUACCCAUGUAUGCCAAUGCCAAUAUUAUUCUUUUUCUACAAUAUCAUUUAUUCUUAAUCAGAAAUGAUGUAAGUGAAAACUACACCAAUGGUGAUAUUCUAAACCUAAAGCAUUUUUGGAUUA